AUGUUUCUGUUAAAAAAUAAAAUUUAUAAAGUGUUAAUAUUCGCUAAAUAUUGCUUUAAAUUUGGGCUUAUUUACUUUUUUUUGACAUUUUGUAGCUUCAUUUUUUUGCCACGGUUAAUAUUUAAUGGAAAAAAUAUUAAAAACGGACUAAUUGUGUCGGAACCAUGUAAAAAACUUACAAAACUUUUGGGUAUUACCUGGCAAAUAAGGAAUGAAGAAAUUGUGUCAGAGAAUAGAGGAGCUGUAAUUUUAAUAAACCACCAGUCUGCUUUGGAUGCGUUGUGUGUAGUUCAAUUAUGGCAUACUUGGAAAGAUGCAGCAUUAGUUGUUAAGAAAGAAAUAUUUUACUUCUGGCCGUUUGGAUUAAUAAUAUACCUAUCAGAUUCGAUUUUCGUAGACAGAAAAAACCCUAAAGCUGCAAAUCAGCUGUUAAUGAAAAAAUCCAAAAAACUAUUCCAUAAUAAGAUUAAGUUAGUAAUUUUCCCUGAAGGUACGAGAAAUAGCGAUGUCACAAAACUCUUACCUUUCAAAAAGGGAGCUUUCAACAUAGCGGUUGGGGCGCAAGUUCCGAUAAUUCCUAUCGUAGUUUCACCAUACUAUUUUAUUAAUAAGCAGAAACACGUUUUUAAUAAAGGACAUGUCAUAGCACAGUGCUUAGAGCCAGUGUCGACUGAGGGUUUGACGAUGGAUGAUGUUCCGGAUCUACUGAAUAGAGUUCAAAAUACUAUGGAGAAAGUCUAUAAUGAAUUGUUAGAUGAAGUAACAAAAGAUUUACCACCUGACUAUCCUUUAGCUAUAACAAAAUGUUAGUUUUAUAAAAUUGUUAUUUGACUUUUUUUUGUAUACCGUUUUUUGUGCACCUUUGUCUUAAGUUAUUCAUUGUUUAUAAUUAAAUAUUUAAAUAUUCAUC